CUGGUCCAUUGUCUGGUCCACUCCUUCUAACAUUUGUCAUGCAAUGAAUGGUGAUGAGGGACUUGGUUCUUGUGGCUAUAACAGCUACUGUCUAAUUGGCAUUAAUGGACAGCCGAGUUGUCAUUGCCUCCCUGGCUUCAAUUUCUCUGAUCCAGACAACAAGUUCAUUGGAUGCAUUCAGGACAGGAUACAGGAUUGCAAUCCGGGUCCUUCAAAAGCAGAGGAUUUGUAUAAUAUGCAUCAGUUACCAAACACAUACUGGCCGAACUCUGCAAAUUAUGAACGAACGGAAUCAAAUGAAGAUGAAUGUAAUCAAUCUUGUCUCUAUGAUUGCGAAUGUGUGGUUGCUGUACUUGCAGAAGAAGAAGCUGCCGCUAACGAAUGGGAGGGACCUAAUAUGCCUCCACCGCAGAAGAAAGCUCAAUCAACUCCAAUUCUGGUGAGAUCAUUUCUUUUAGGUGGCUCAGCAUUUAUCAAUUUCCUGCUUAUAACUGCAAUCUCUAUACUAGCUACUUGGUCUUGCAACAGAAGACAAAAACCGAGUCAAAUGUCAAGCAUCUUGGAAAGUAAUCUACGGUCUUUUGCUUACCAAGAUCUUGAGGAAGCCACAGAUGGGUUCAAGGAAGAACUCGGGGGAGGUGCUUUUGGAAUUGUGUAUAAAGGUGUUUUGCACCCUCCUCAUUCAACAAUUUGCAUUGCUGUGAAAAAAUUAGACAAAGUAACGCAAGAAGGUGAGAAGGAAUUCAAAACAGAGGUGAAUGCCAUUGCCAAAACUCAUCACAAGAAUUUGGUCAGAUUGAUUGGAUUCUGUGAGGAAGGGCCGCACAAGCUUUUGGUAUAUGAGUUCAUGAGCAAUUGAACACUAGCUAGUCUCUUGUAUGGAGACUGUAGACCUAAAUGGAAGAGUCGCACUCAAAUGGCAUUUGAGAUUGCAAGAGGGCUAGUGUAUUUGCAGGAGGAGUGCAGCAUAUCCAUUAUU